CACUCUUUCCCGCAAGCCCGCGCCUUGUUCAGUAGAGGCCCACUUGCUGGGUGGCGCCUCGAUUGGGCAAUGGGUUCACACCUGAGAUGGUGAAAGCCUCCCUUCAGAGCCUCGCGGCGACCAUAAAUAGGGUAGGAGGGUAACAUGUAAAGGGUUCGACUCCUUUUGAGUGAGACCUAGAUCACUUAGAGGAGAAGACCAUCACUGAAUACUAACUAGAAACCACACAAGACGUACGUAGGGUCUUAUGCCCCCGGGCAGCCCGAACCUAUCUAAACCACUAUGUCCUCUGAACUCCAUCACGGAUCAAAUCCUGCUGUGUGUUGCACAUCUGGCUGAAUCUCUAAUAGAAGGUUCCCACGAAUUCCUGCUCAUGGGAGAAAUUCACAAAUAAGUCUGUCCUAUUUUGAUCUGCAUGCCUUGGAUCCUUCCAAAUAAUUAAGUCCGCAUGCAUGUAGCCAAUGAAUUAGUAGUGCCGCCGGUGAAUUAGUAGCGUAAGACGUCGGGACUGGCUUGCCUGCUGCCAUGCAGAGACAGUGUGUCAUGCGCUGAGUUAAUUUUCUCCUUGAUCUCUGCACCCGGACAAAAUCCGACCCUUAAAAAAUGGAGGGAGUAGGGAGUAACAGUUACAAUAUUAGAAAUCCAACGCUUGCAACGUCAAAAAAAUAUGAACGCAAAAGACUCCGACAUCCAAUUUGAGGAUGAAAAAUUUCCAGUGCAGUAUUAACACGUUGUUUCAUGCAACAUCGAUUGUGAAAUAAAAACAAUUAUUGUAACAUCGGUGCUUGUCUCUUGCAACAUGUGCCAAGCGUCCGCCGAUGAACGAAAAGUCGGACGCUUGAGUGGUACCGUUACCGAAAAAAGUAUUCUCCUUAGUCUAUAUAAUCUCAUAAAGUACCUUCUUCAGUUUUCUCCUUCAAAUAUGCCAAUUGGUCAAAUUUUUGUCUUCUUUUUCUCCAUCCAUAAGUGGAGUUUCAAAGUUAAAAUUUGAUAGCGUGAACCGUGAAGCCGUGAAUGGACAUCAUAACCUAUGUUUUUUUUAAAAAAUGUAUACUAUGAAAUAUUUUUAUUAUUACUUUUUGGAAAUUAUACAUCCUAAGAAUUAAUUUAUUUCCAUAUGUUCUAGCCUAUCAAAAUUAUGAUGAAGAAAUUCGUGGCAUUUUUUUCUAACACAUCAUCCAAAUCAAAGCGUGUUCUGUCUCUGUCUUUAUAAUGGCUAAAGUCUGGGUCACCAAACCAAUCAGCCACAGGAGAUCCAGCACAUAGCAUCGAUGACGGAAGGCAUCACCUCAAAAAAAUUAGAAUUCCAGCGCCAGCGCACCCAUCAGGUACGACGAAAUGCUGAAAAGGGCAGCAGCUGGCCGGAACAUGACGCACGCGACGACGUCUACAAAACAUCAUGGAGAGAAAUGAAAUACGAGAGCACGAGAUCUUUUAUAUACCAACAGCAGCAGCCGCCGCCGCCGCCAUACCUCCUUAGUGAUCAGUCCCAAAUUAAGACGAUACAGUACUUCCAACACAGCUCUCACUUUAGCCACAGUACUCCAACAACAAUGUCAGCUGAGGCGUCGUCGGCCGUGCGUGUGAUCGGCCUAUGGCCGAGCCCGUUCGUCAUCCGCGUCCUGAUCGCGCUGAAGCUGAAGGGCGUCGAGUACGAGUUCGUGGAGGAGCAGGUGGGCAAGAAGAGCGAGCUGCUGCUCAGGUCCAACCCGGUGCACAAGAAGAUCCCCGUCCUGCUUCACCACGGCAAGCCCAUCUCCGAGUCCCUCGUCAUCGUCCAGUACGUCGACGAGGCCUGGUCAUCCUCCGCCGCGCCGGCCAUCCUCCCGGCCGACCCGUACACCCGCGCCGUCCAUCGGUUCUGGGCGCAGUACAUCGACGACAAGUUCCCUCCGGCGAUCCGCACUCUCAAGGGAUCGGACGACGGCGACAAGGAGCAAGCGGCGGGGCAGCUGUCCGCCGCCCUGCAGCUGUUGGAGGCCGCCUUCGUGGAGCUCAGCCAGGGGAAGAGCUACUUCGGCGGCGACGGCGUCGGGUACCUGGACAUCGCCCUGGUGUCGCACGUCGGGUGGGUGAGGGCGGUCGAGAAGAUCGCCGGGGUCGCGCUCCUGGACGAAGCGAAAGUCCCGAACCUGGCGGCGUGGGCCGGUCGGCUGUGCGCGCACGCGGCGGUGGCGGACGCGAUCCCUGACGCGGACAAGUUCGUGGAGUUCAGCGUCAAGUACGGGUCGUUUUCGAAGCCUAUUAACAGUGGUGCCAAGUGAGCCAAAGCGAUCUGUGUUCAAAAAAAAAAAGUGAGCCAAAGCGAUCUGAUGUGGCCGCUUACUUAGUGGUAGCCAUCGACUUUCAGUGCACGUGUGACAGUGUCUAUCAAUAAGAUGUUUUUUUGUGUAUAA